AUGAUUUUCCAUUCCUGAAAAAAAAGAAGAAGAAGCAUAAGAAACGCAAGAACGCACAAGAAAUUUGCAUUAAAAUUAAUUUAAAGUUAUCAAAAGUGGCUUUUAAGUGGUUGAAAAAAUGACAGAGGACUGGCAGAGUCAGAAGUUCCGGCAGAACGUCAUCUCCAAGAUCCACGACUUGUUGCCACCGAACGCGCAGGAUCAAUCGAAAAAUGCCGGCGUCAUGGAGAACCACAUCUUCCGAAAGUCUCGCACCAAGGACGAGUAUUUGGGCCUGGUGGCCAAGCUCUUCAUGCACUACAAGGACAUGUCCCGAAAAUCCCAGCAGCAGCAGCAGCAACAACAACAACAGCAGCAGCAGCAGGGCGGCCCGCCCCCAAACGCGGAAAUGGGCGGCGGGGGGCAGAACAUGAUGCAAGAUCCAUUGAAUGCCCUGCAAAACCUGGCCAGCCAGGGCAAUCGCAAUCCCCAGAUGAUGCCCAUGGGCGCCGGCGGAGGAGCCCCCGUGCCCGGUGGCCCGGGAACAGCCUCCAAUCUGCUACAAUCCCUGAAUCAACAGCGUCCCGGGCAACAGCAAAUGCAACCGAUGCCCAAUAUCCGGGGCCAAAUGCCCAUGAACUCCGGCGGAGGCGGCGGUCCCCAGCAGCAGAUGAUGCAGCAGCAGAUGCAGGGCGGCAACGCCCCGGGAGUGAUGAAUCAGGGACAGAUCGUAGGCAAUCCGGGGCAGCAGCAGAUGGGCGUGGGCGUGGGCGUGGGCAUGCCCAACCAGAUGGUGGGACCGGGCCCGAACAGUGGACCCGCUGUUGGAGGAACCGUGGGCGGAGCAAAUGCCGCUCCAGGAGCACCUGGUCAGGGGCCAAAUCAAAUGCAAAGCGGUCCCAUAAAUGCCAUGCAGCAGAUGCCGCCCAUGCAGCAGAUCCAGCAGAACCAAAUGGGGAUAGGCAUGAAUCCGAUGAUGCGCAUGGGCCAGGGCAAUGGCAUGGGCGGACCCCAAGGAAUGCCCGGCCAGGGCAUGCAAGGAAUGCCGCAGAACAUGCAGCAGGGAGUUCCCCACAAUGUGGUCGGCGGUCCGGCGGUUCAGCAGCAGGUAGGUGUGGGUGUGGGUGUACCGCCCAAUGCGGUGCAGCAGGGCGGCAUGAAUCCCAUGGGCGGCAUGGGCGUGAACAUGCCGCCUAAUCUGCAGCAAAAGCCCAACAUGCCGAUGGGCCAGGCGGGUCAGAUGUUCGCCGGCAAUCGUGGCGGCGUUGGAGUCGGCGGACAGCAGCCGGGACAGGCCUUCAUGCGCUCCAGUCCCUCGCCAGCGGAUGCCCAGCAAUUGCAGCAGCAGCAGCAGCAGGCUCAGCUCCAGCAAAUGCAGCAACAACAGCAGCAGCAGCAGCAACAACAACAGCAGCUGGUGGUGGGCAAUCAAACGCCCACGCAGCAGCCACCGACUCCGCAAAUGCCCACGCCAAAUAUGAUACCCAGUCCGGCACUGGUGCCCCAAUCCAGUCCGCAGAUGAUGCACAUGCAGAACCCGCAGCGCAACAUCCGCCAGCAGUCGCCGAGUGCCUCGAUAAACACGCCUGGUCAGGUCACCGGGAACAGUCCGUUCAAUCCCCAGGAGGAGGCCUUGUACCGCGAGAAGUACAAGCAGCUGACCAAGUACAUUGAGCCACUCAAGCGGAUGCUGGCCAAGAUCAGCAACGAUGGCACAAAUGUUGAGAAAAUGACCAAGAUGAGUAAAUUGCUGGAGAUUCUUUGCAAUCCUACACAGCGCGUGCCUCUUGAAACUCUUCUUAAAUGCGAAAAAGCUCUGGAAAAGAUGGAUCUAAUCUCAUAUUCUGGCCAGCAGUUUGGCAAAUCCUCGAAUCCUCUAUUGGAAGUUAUAAAUACCACACUGCAAAGUCCUGUGGCUAAUCACACACUGCAUCGCACCUUCAGACCCACCUUAGAACUGCUCUUUGGAACUGAUAUAGCAGCUCCAGUGCCCGCGAAGCGACCACGAGUGGAGGAGAAGUCUUUGCCCUUCGAUCAGGAUGUCCCCCAUGUGCUUCAGGGUGAAAUUGCAAGGCUGGAUACCAAGUUUAAGGUGAAACUUGACACCACAUCGCAGAUAAAUAACAAGGCCAUCCGUUUAAUUUGCUGUCUGGAUGACAAGCGAUUGCCCAGCGUUCCGCCCGUGAGUGUUAGUGUGCCGGAGGAGUAUCCUUGGCAGGCUCCGGACUGCUCCUUAACGGAACAGGAGUAUUCGGCCACGCCGUUCCUGCAGAUGGUGCAACAAGCUCUCAUCGCUCGCAUGGCUAAGCUCCCUAAGAACUAUUCGCUCUCACACCUGCUGGACACCUGGGAAAUGGCUGUGCGGCAGGCGUGCUCUCCCCAAUCGAAGCCCAGAUCAGUCUGCGAGCUGACCACUUUUCUAGGAGUUUAGCAACUAUAAAUACAGAGAGUGCGGUUGAAAGAGGCCAACCCCUCUCACUGCAAUUACUAAUUGAAGAUCUACAUUCUACAUACUUUUAAGACAAUCGGCUUAUAUAGCUAAAAUAAAAAAAGAACAAUACUUAAA